CUCGCCGCUUCCCUAGAACCUCGCGGUGGUGUGUGCAGCUGUCCCUCGCGCGUCCCGUCGGGUUCCCCUAGGGGCGCGAUGGCCGAGCUGUUUCCUCUAGCCGAGGAGUUGUCGUGCUCCAUCUGCCUGGAGCCCUUCAAGGAGCCCGUGACCACCCCGUGCGGCCACAACUUCUGCAGGUCAUGCCUAGAUGAGACGUGGGUCGUCCAGGGCCCGCCGUACCGGUGCCCACAGUGUCGCACCGUGUACCAGGUGCGCCCGCAGCUGCACAAGAACACGGUGCUGUGCGCAGUGGUGGAGCAGUUCCUGCAGGCGGAGCAGGCGCGGACCCCCGUGGAAGACUGGACCCCGCCUGCCCGCUCCACCGCAUCCAGCGCAGCCACCGAGGUGGCCUGCGACCACUGCCUGAAGGAGAUCGCGGUGAAGACGUGCCUCGUGUGCAUGGCCUCUUUCUGCCAGGAGCACUUGAGGCCUCACAUCGACAGUCCGGCCUUCCAGGAUCACCCCCUGCAACCACCCGUCCGUGACCUGCUGCGCCGCAAAUGUUCCCAGCACAACCGCCUUCGGGAAUUGUUUUGUCCGGAGCAUGGCGAGUGCAUCUGCCAUAUCUGCCUGGUAGAGCACAAGACCUGUACCCCUACGCCCCUAAGCCAGGCCAGCGUCGACCUGGAGAACAAACUGAGGCAUAAACUCACCAUCAUGUACAGCCACAUCAAUGGGGCAACCAAAGCACUAGAGGAUGUGAGAUCCAAGCAGCAGAGUGUGCAGGAUUCUAUGAAGAGGAAGAUGGAACAGCUGAGACAGGAAUAUAUGGAAAUGAAGGCUGUCAUUGACGCGGCAGAGACCAGCUCCACUCGCAAGCUGAAGGAGGAGGAGAAUAGAGUCUCUGGAAAGCUCGAUACCGUCUACCAGGUCCUUCUCAAGAAGAAGAGUGAGAUGCAGAAUCUGAAGAAAGAGGUUGAGCUCUGCCUGGCCAAAGGGGAUGAGUUUGAGUUUCUGGAGAGAGCUGCAAAAUUGCAAGGAGAGUCAACGAAGCCAGUCUACAUCCCUAAGAUAGAUCUGGAUCAUGAUUUGAUAAAGGGAAUCUACCAGGGUGCAUUGGACCUCAAGAGUCAGCUGAGGCUCUCCGUCAAGUCGCUGCAGGACAAGAAGGUUGAGGAGCACUGUGGCUCAGGUAACGUGGGAGACCAUACAGAGUCUACUUCCAAACGCUCUGGGAAGAAGACUGCACCGGACAAGAAGACCAAGAAAGCCCCUGUUGCUGCCACCCCUGCCUCCUACUUUUCCUUUCCCAACAAGGUGCCCACCUUUGGAGCUCCUGGCCAAUCACUGGAAAUUCCCCCUGAUGCCACACCCAAAGCCAGUGCUGCACAGCCAAACUCUGUAGCUCUCAAGGCUAAGAUACUAGAAAACUUUUUAGCCAAGUCCAGAACCGAGCUUCUAGAGUAUUUCGUUAAAGUCGUCUUCGACUACAAUACCGCCCACAACAAAGUGUCUCUGGCAGACAACUACACCACCGCCUCUGUGGCCGACACCGUUCAGCACUACCGAUCCCAUCCCCAGAGGUUCACCUACUGCUCUCAGGUCCUGGGGUUACACUGCUACAAGAAAGGCAUUCACUACUGGGAGGUGGAGUUGCAGAAGAACAACUUCUGCGGGGUAGGCGUCUGCUACGGCAGCAUGGAACGGCAGGGCCCCGAGAGCCGGCUAGGCCGGAACCCCAAUUCAUGGUGUGUGGAGUGGUUCAAUAACAAGAUCUCCGCCUGGCACAACAAUGUGGAGAAGACCCUGCCCUCCACCAAGGCCACGAAAGUCGGUGUGUUGCUUAACUGUGACCAUGGCUUCGUCAUUUUCUUUGCUGUCACCGAAAAGGUCCAUCUGAUGUAUAAGUUCAAGGUGGACUUCGCUGAAGCCGUGUACCCAGCCUUCUGGGUGUUCUCUGCGGGUACCAAGCUCUCUAUCUGCACCAAGUAGUCAGGCCACUGGGCCAGCCACAGAUACUUGGGCUUGCCAGGGAACAUCCGAGACCGGUAAAAACGCUGUAGGAGGGACUCUUCUUUGGAGAACUUCUGAGUCCCUACCAGA